CGUGACCCGCGCAGGCGCCAUGUGUGCCGCAGGGCGCGCGUCCACUGACCGGAACACCGGCAGUGUUGCGAAGUUGGCCUUCUCAGUCCCAGCUUGGGCGGUCCCUUGGAAAGUGGCUGUCCCGGGCCUGGGGGCGGGGCCAGUGCUCGUCUCCGAGCUCUAGAGGUUCCGCUGAGAAUUGAGAAGCGCGGCGGCAGCAAGACGCCUUCUCUGGAGCCGCCGAGCUGGAGUUGGAAGUGGAGCUCCGUGGGGCUGGGCCCCCGGCUGCGGGGCAGCGGCUCCUGCAGCCUGAGGCCUGGGCGGAGAAUGAGAAAGAGCCAGAGACGGUGGCGGUCUCCCAGCCGAGCGGUGGGACCGGGAGCAUGCUGCGGUGGUUCACCACUGUGAUCCUGUUUUCUUCCUUCCUGGGGCUGGGAUUGAGUGUUGCUAUACUCGGACCCACGUUUCAAGAUUUGGCAACAAAUGUGAACCGAAAUAUCAGUAGUCUGUCUUUCAUUUUUGUGGGUCGUGCCUUUGGAUAUUUGAGUGGCUCUGUGAUUGGUGGAGUUCUUGUUGACAUCAUGAAUCAUUUUUUACUUUUGGGUAAUGUCAUGUCGGCUACCACAGUUGGUCUUUAUCUGUUCCUUUUUGCAAGAAGCAGUAUUACUCAUGUCAUGAUUCCUGUCUUGGGUGCUUCAAUGGGCAUUCUGGAUACAGGUGGUAACGUCCUUGUCUUGGCUCUUUGGGGGGACAAAGGAGCCCCACAUAUGCAGGCCUUACACUUCUGUUUUGCUUUGGGUGCCUUUUUGGCUCCACUGCUAGCUAAACUGGCAUUGGGUCCGACAGUGUCUGCUGAAAACCACACAGAGUCUAACUUUCAUCGUCCUGCACUCAACCAGUCAUCUGAUGCUGACUCAGGAGUUCUGUUUGGAGUACCUAAUGAUAUGACUUUACUGUGGGCUUAUGCUGUUAUCGGAACUUACAUGUUCGUAGUUUCUGUCAUUUUGUUUGCUCUGUUUUUAAAGAAUAGCUCAAAGCAGGAAAAAGCAAGAGUGUCUGCUCAGACAUCUCGAAGAGCAAAAUAUCACAAUGCCCUUCUUUGUCUCCUUUUUGUGUUCUUCUUUUUCUAUGUUGGAGCCGAGGUAACCUAUGGCUCUUAUGUUUUCUCAUUUGCAACCACUCAUGUUGGCAUGAAAGAAAGUGAAGCCGCUGGGUUGAACUCCAUCUUCUGGGGGACAUUUGCAGCCUUCAGGGGCCUGGCAAUCUUUUUUGCUACAUGCUUACAACCUGGAACCAUGAUCGUGUUGAGCAACAUUGGCAGCCUGACUUCAUCUUUAUUUCUGGCUUUUGACAAGAACCCAGUUUGUCUCUGGAUAGCAACUUCAGUGUAUGGGGCCUCAAUGGCAACCACAUUUCCUAGUGGUGUUUCUUGGAUUGAACAGUACACGACCAUCCAUGGGAAAUCUGCAGCAUUUUUUGUAAUUGGUGCUGCCCUGGGAGAAAUGGCUAUUCCUGCGAUGAUUGGAAUUCUUCAAGGAAAAUACCCUGAUUUGCCUGUAGUGCUCUAUACCUCUUUGGGAGCCUCAGUAGCCACUGGUGUUUUAUUUCCUGUGAUGUAUAAAUUAGCCACUUCACCUCUUAAUCGCCAGCGAAAAGAAAAUAGAAAGAGUGAGGACCAGAAAGCUUUGCUUUCUAGCUCCGGGCUAAAUGAAUAUGAGGAAGAGAAUGAAGAGGAGGAUGCAGAAAAAUGGAAUGAAAUGGAUUUUGAAGUGAUUGAAAUGAAUGAUACAAUGAGGCAUUCUGUAAUAGAGACAUCUGGAAAUAGUUUGACGUCCACAGCUGAAAUCUGUAACCACCCAUCAAAUGCAGUGGUGUUUGAGUCCUCUCCUGUUAAUACUGGCAACUCCCAUGUGAAGCACUUGUCUGAAACCAGGACUGACAUCCCUAAAUAAUUGCCACUUCUAAGGAGGCCAUUGAGAGCAGAGCAUUAGCAGAAUUUCACCAUGCCUUGGGAAUUAAAAUUUCUAGGUCCAAUUAUAGUGAAUGCUAAAAAGUUUUGAAAUGUUCUGUAAUUCCCAGAGUCUUCCAUCAGUAACCAAAUGGUCUCAAACACGUACA